UUGAGAUUCAGCCUCGAGAUACAAGAACCAUAGUAUGAUUCAGCACUCUCGACAAUUGAGAUACGGCAUUUGUUAGCGCCCGAGAUCCGUUUUCUCUGUAAUUUCUUUGGCCGACGCUCCCGGCUUCCAAGCCUCAUUACCGAUUCUCGAAGUUGAUCUUUUGCGAAACCAAACACUCUGACCCAACAACACCGUCCUAUUGAACACGCCCUGGCCUGAGCAACACCUCGAAAGACGAUCGCGUCACCUAUUUAGCCAGCACACCUCCCUGAGACGGCGACCAUGGCGCUUCCCGCCAUCUUCCGCAUGUUGCGGCCUAAAACGUUCCUGUACCUGAUCUCGCUGCGCACCGGCACUGAGAUGAUCGCCCUGACACUGCUCAUCAACAAAGUGUCAGGCAUCUACGGCCUCCUUGCCAUCCUUACCGGCUACCACCUCUCCUGGCUGCAACUCACCAUGUACAUCUACUCGAUCGGCGUACUCGGUGCUCUUGUCUAUCUCUCACCACACAUCAAGCGCCAAAGCCCGCUGCAAUGUCUUGCUCUCGCUUGGCUAUACGUGCUCGACUCCCUCAUCAAUGCAACCUACACUGCUCUGUUCGGCACCACCUGGUUCCUCAUGCUCGCCCGUCACAUCAACGACCCUGCACCCGGCGACGACGACAAGCUCCCGGGUGGCAAGAUGAUGAACGAUACCGCAGGCUUCACUAGCCCCGAGGUCAACGCCACACGUGUCGAGGUUGUCGCAACCCCCGCCAUGCCUGGCCAGAAGGCUGUCGCCGCGGGCGUCAAUGAUGGUUCAGCUCUCGGUCAUGCAGUCUUCCAGUCCGGUAGCAUCGCUAGUAUUAGUGUCAUCUGCGCACUCUGGACCAUCCGCAUCUACUUCUGCCUCGUCGUCAUGGCCUACGCCCGUGGUGUCCUGCGCCAGCACAUCCUCAUGACUUCAUCGAACAACUUUGGCUUGCACGGCGGCUCUGAGCGCACCGAUCUGGCCGAGAACCCAUUCCGUGAGGGACGUGAGGAGGGCGAGGGCUGGAAGGGUCGUCUUGGUCGCAUCAUGACUUCAGUUGGAAAAGGAUAUUGGCUCGGCAAGGACGACGAAGACGAGUGGGUCCGCGGUACUGGCGAGCGCUUCACAAACAAGAAGCGUCUCAAUAUCAAGGUCCCUGAACCUGGCGUCGGCGAGCGUGAAAGAAGAGCUAGAAGCGGAACCGGACCGCCGCCGAUGGUCAAGAAGCAGGAGGCAUCAUCCUGAUCUCAAUACAGGGAUCAGCGAGAGGAUUUUCACGAGGCACUCGAUUUGUAUCUUAUUGUGCAUGUAUAGUCAAGGGCACAUACGGGAGUUUUGGACAGGGACGGAUUCAGGCAUACGAUACGUAGUAAAGACUCAUUUUUGUAUAAUCAGUGGAUGUAUGGAGACAUACAGCCUUAUUUUCCUCGA